UAUUAUUACAGAUCGGAACCGAUCAGCCAAUCAAAAUUAAAGAGCUCGCAAUAACACGAAAUACUUUCUCUCUCUACGUUCACUUCUCCGACUUCCGAUCCAGAGAGAGAAACUCAAUCAUCAGCCAUUUUAAUCAACACGAAGCGGCAAAAAUUUCAGAGAGAGGGAGAGGGAGAGAGCGAGACAGAAUUAGCUUGCUUUGUUACGAUGAUUUAACUGAUGCGUGAAUCUCAUUCAAUGGUUUUCAUUGAUUCAUUUGCAGAAAGUCAUCGUACAUGUAUAUAGAUACAGGAAUGGGGGAAGCAACCGGAAACCCUAAGGUUAGUGGAUUUGUUCGGGAUUUUGUGGAAUAGGAAUUUGAAUGCGGUGGAAUGCAUCGCUCCGGGGGAAAAUCAGGAUUGUUGAAUAGCCUUGGUGGGGGAUCUGAUGGUGAAGAGUCCGUUGACAUUUCGUAGGAAAUUUUUAGACCCGUUUUAUUCAAGGAGUGUGUGCAUUGAUAAUAUUGGGGGCAGGGGUGGCGGUGGUGGUGCGAGCGGUCGUUUGUUGAAUUGGAGGAGGGUAGAAGGAGGAAGAGGAGGGUAGUGGCGGAGGAGGAAGAUGCAGCUGCACUUCUCACCUAGCAUGAGAAGUAUAACAAUAUCUUCGAGCAGCAAUGGAGGAAAUGGCAAUGGGGGAGUCGGAGAUUUGAUGAAGAUCAAGGUUGCAGCUCGCCAUCUGAUACUUGCGUUUUUGUUACCUUUUGUGUUCAUUCUCACCGCCCUCGUCACACUUGAAGGUGUCAACAAGUGUUCCACGUUCGAUUGUUUAGGACGACGGUUGGGGCCAAAGCUUCUUGGUAGAACGGAUGAUUCUGGGAGGCUGGUCAAGGACUUUGUUAAAGUCCUGAAUCAAGUGAACUCUGAGAAGGUCCCUGAUAACUUAAAGCUCCCAGACUCUUUUAGUCAACUUGUUUCUGAAAUGAAGAACAACAAGUACAGUGCAAAGGAGUUUGCAAUACUUUUGAAAGGAAUGAUGGAGAGAUCUGAAAAGGAGAUCCGGGAGUCCAAGUUCGCAGAGCUAAUGAAUAAACACUUUGCAGCAAGUGCAAUUCCUAAGUCUAUUCAUUGUCUCUCAUUGAGGUUGACCGAUGAAUAUUCUUCCAAUGCUCAUGCACGCAGGCAGUUACCUUCCCCGGAGUUGCUUCCUUUGCUUUCGGACAACUCCUACCAUCAUUUUGUGUUGUCAACAGACAACAUUCUUGCUGCUUCAGUUGUUGUGACAUCUGCUGUCCAGUCAUCUCUAAACCCUGAAAAGAUUAUUUUCCAUGUGAUAACCGACAAGAAAACUUAUGCAGGCAUGCACUCAUGGUUUGCCCUAAAUCCUAUGUAUCCUGCUAUAGUUGAAGUUAAAGGUAUUCAUCAAUUUGAUUGGUUAACAAGAGAGAAUGUCCCAGUUCUUGAAGCCGUUGAGAACCACAAUGGGAUACGGAAUUACUACCAUGGAAAUCACAUUGCAGGGGCCAAUCUUAGUGAUACAACCCCGCGGACGUUUGCUUCAAAAUUACAGGCUAGAAGUCCAAAGUAUAUCUCAUUGCUCAACCAUCUUCGCAUAUACCUUCCAGAGCUCUUUCCAAACCUUGAUAAGGUGGUUUUCUUAGAUGAUGAUGUUGUAAUUCAACGUGAUCUGACUCCUCUUUGGGAAAUUGACCUCAAUGGAAAAGUUAAUGGAGCUGUUGAAACUUGUAAAGGCGAAGAUGAGUGGGUUAUGUCUAAGCGGUUCAAGAAUUAUUUCAACUUCUCCCAUCCACUUAUAUCAAAGAAUCUGAAUCCAGAUGAAUGUGCAUGGGCGUAUGGGAUGAAUAUCUUUGACCUGCGUGCAUGGCGAAAGACAAAUAUCAGAGAUACUUAUCACUCCUGGCUAAAGGAGAAUCUAAAAUCAAACCUGACAUUAUGGAAACUUGGAACUCUUCCUCCUGCUUUGAUUGCAUUCAAGGGUCACGUUCACCCAAUCGAUCCGUCUUGGCACAUGCUUGGGUUGGGCUAUCAGAAUAAGACCAAAGUUGAAAAUGUGAAAAAUGCGGCGGUGAUUCACUUCAACGGCCAGUCAAAACCAUGGUUGGAGAUUGGCUUUGAGCAUCUCCGCCCAUUUUGGACCAAGUACGUUAACUACUCUAAUGAUUUUAUUAGGAAUUGCCACGUCUUGGAGUAGUUAUCAACCAAUGCCAAUGUGCACCAUUGAAAUUAUGGGACAAAGGAUGUAAUACUAUGGUCUAUGCUUUAAGUCUCUUAGGCAGGUAUCGAUAUCUCAAUAUUUGGUUCCCGCAAACUCAAAAACCUGUUCAAACGGUGACAUAUGAAAUCCGGAUUUUGCUGCCUUGUCGCCAUUUCCUGAAGAAGACGUCACUUAUUGCUAGGCUGGGCAUGAGAAUCAUUCUUUCAGUCUGUAAAGUAGCAGUUGUUCAUCUUUGACGUUAUUUUUUGACCUUCAUCAUGGGGUCUCUCACCUGUUUCUUAGAGCUCAGAAGGGAAUAAUGGUAUUUUGCACGAGAGGACGAACAGAGACGUAGGAUUCAGGUCCUCUGUAAGGUUCCCACUCUGGCCCCAUUGGCCAUAUAGAUUAUUCUUUUCCCUCUAUUUGUUUUCAUUUCCUGUUCAGAUUUUUGUUGCAAUUCCCCAUUUUUCUUCUUCUUCUUUUUUUUUCAAUGGUUGUUCUGCUGAUAUUAUAUGUUACUGGCUAUUCUCUCUCAGGUAGGUUGUGGAGGUUAAUACAGAAACCUGAUUUGAGUUAGGGAACAAGAUAGUUUUUACAUGUCAGUUAUAUCUCUUGUGUAUGAUUCUGUGUUGCUACACAUUCUUAGAUGUGCAGAUUAUUCUUUUUUUGAAA